UCAACAAGAGCUCAGAUAUCUGGCUCAGGCUCACAGACUGAUAAACAUGAUAUUCUCAUGACAGGUGUACAACGUGUUUGGCUACAGCGCAUGUAGUUACGUGGAAAAGCUUCCUAUAAAUUUGGGGAGGCUUCUUCCAUACUGGAACAGUAGGCACACAGGAGACGAGAAAACAUAUAGGAUUAACUAUCAAAGAGGACUGUAUACAUUUUUCCUGUUAAUUGGAUUAUAAUUUACUUGGAAAACUAUUAAGCAAGUGGUGGUAUGCUCAUUGGCUCAUUUCGAGGAGAGUUUAUGGCCCGAGGCAUUUCCACAACAGAAGCACCUCGAAAGACUAGCUUGUUUCUUGAGAAAACCUGAAACUUGUCAUUAUCCUUACUCACAGCUGAGGCGCAGCAAUGGUUGGCAUGAAACCCAAAGAUGUGAUGCCCUCUGCGGCAGUUAAGUUCUUCGGAGCAGGCACGGCAGCCUGCAUUGCCGACCUUGUCACCUUUCCACUGGAUACCGCCAAAGUCAGACUGCAGCUUCAGGGAGAGUCUCAGAUAGCCGAAGGGGUUGGUGCACUGAAGUAUCGGGGCGUGUUUGGCACCAUCACCACCAUGGUGCGCACAGAGGGGGCCAGGAGUCUGUACAAUGGUCUGGUGGCAGGCCUGCAGAGACAGAUGAGCUUCGCUUCUGUCCGUAUCGGCCUUUACGACUCCAUGAAACAAUUCUACACCCGAGGCACCGAGAGUGCAGGGAUCGUUACUCGGCUCAUGGCGGGCUGCACCACCGGGGCAAUGGCUGUGGCUUUUGCACAGCCAACAGAUGUGGUAAAGGUGCGUUUUCAAGCCCAGGUCCGACUGGCUGACGGCGAGAGGAGAUACAACGGCACAAUAGAUGCCUACAAGACGAUUGCCCGAGAUGAGGGUGUACGUGGCCUGUGGAGAGGAUGCAUGCCAAACAUCACUCGUAACGCCAUCGUAAACUGCGCAGAGCUGGUGACCUACGACAUGAUCAAAGAACUCAUCUUGAAGUACAACCUAAUGACAGACAACCUGCCGUGCCACUUCACGGCCGCCUUCAGCGCAGGCUUCUGCACCACAGUUGUGGCUUCUCCUGUGGAUGUAGUUAAAACACGUUUCAUGAACUCAGGACACGGCCAGUACAGCAGCGCUCUCAACUGUGCCUUCACAAUGCUAAGAAACGAAGGAUCCACGGCUUUCUAUAAAGGGUUCAUGCCUUCUUUCCUGCGACUCGGCUCCUGGAACAUUGUGAUGUUUGUCACCUAUGAGCAAAUUAAAAAAGGCAUGAGCAGGGCACAGCAGUACUGGGAGUCUCCGUUCUGACCGCAACUAGUCAGACUUGUUUUUGUUCAACUCAGGACCGCAAAACACAACAGCCGAACGCACACCACAGUGCAGGGGUGACUACUGACGACUCUUGGUUGGAGACCUGAAAAUACAGGAGCAUGAAAACACAAGAGUUGACAUUAGAAAGAGUUUGAGCAGGAAGACUUCAGGGACAUUGUUGCAAUAUUUAAAAUAAUUUAAAGGUUAGACCUUACAGAGGCUUCAUGCAUUUUAAUGGUCAGAAAUUCCAUUACAAGAAGCUCCUUCUGGUGUAAACUUCUAUGUUUAAAUGAAAUAAUCACGUGAAUAAUGUUAGGCUGUAAAGUUAGUUUUUAAUUCCUUUAGGCUUUCCAUGAAAGCAGAAGACAGUUUAUGUCCAACAUUACAUACCUUAAAAUGACCACAAUAUGUCUUUCUGGAUUGUUUACACUGUUUACCUUUUGUAGUUGUAGUUUAAUGUAUUUGCCACUAGAUGUGAAAAGUAUGUAUGAUUUGUUGCUGGUCGAUGAGUCAUGUGUAUUUUGUGAAAUAAAGUACUUUAAUUAGUGAAAAA